CAAGUCCAGCCUUAGCCUGGGGACCCCAAGCACUCUGCCUGUGGACUCCAAGAAAGGUCUAUGUCCCAGGUCCUGCCCUGCUCUCAGCCUGCACUCUGCCUUAACCUCCUGGUGUGGCCACUCGGGCUGUGCUGUGCACUUUCUCCAGGAUCCUGGCAAGGAACUGAACCCGCAAUAUCUUCAAGCGUGGCUCGAUGAGCAGUGCUAUAUCCUCACCGGGAUCCUAACCUGCGAACCAUUGGCCGCAGAAGCAGAGUGCGUGAACCUAACCACUACGCCACUGGGUGCCAGCAUCUGGUUUGGUGCUCCUCUCAGCCACCCACCAUGGCCUGGGGACUGCCCAGCACCACCAGCCUGGCACAGUUCUGCCAGAAGUUGAACCGGCUGAAGACACUGAAGGAGUCAACCACGGAGACAUCGCAGCAGGGCCACCUGACCACGCUGGACCUGACCCUGCUGGGUGUGGGUGGCAUGAUGGGCUUCGGCCUCUUCAUGCUCAUGGGCAGUGUGGCCAAAGGAAUAGCUGGCCCUGCGGUGGUCGUGUCCUUCAGCGUGGCUGCCGUGGCCUUCCUGAUGGGAGCCCUAUGCUAUGCAGAGUUGGCAGCACAUGUGCCCCGCAGGGGCUCUGCCUACCUGUUCACCUACAUAUCCCUGGGUGAGCUGUGGGCCUUCCUCGUUGGCUGGAUCAUGCUCUUUGAGUGCCUGAUUGUAGGCACUGCUGCGGCCCAUGUCUGGAGCAGCAACCUGGAUGCCAUCUUCAGCCACCGUAUCCGCAGCUUCACUGUGGCCCAUGUGGGCGUCUGGCAGGUGCCCUUCCUGGCUCAGUACCCAGACUUCCUGGCUGCUGGCAUCAUACUUUUAAUCUCCACAUUCAUCUCCUGUGGAGUGCGCGUCUCUUCCUGGCUCAACCGCUUGUUCUCUGCCAUCAGCCUAGUCAUCGUCCUCUUCAUCAUCAUCCUGGGGUUUGUCCUGGCCCGCCCGGACAACUGGAGUGCUGAGGAGGGUGGCUUUGCGCCCUUCGGUUUCUCCGGCAUCAUGGACGGGGCCGCCACCUGCUUCUACGCCUUCUUGGGCUUAGGUUCCAUCACUGCCUCCGGUAAUGAGGCUCAGAACCCCAAGCGAGCUGUGCCUAUGGCCAUCACCAUCUCAGUUGGCCUGGUGGCCAGUGCCUACAUCCUUGUCUCUGCCGUGCUCACCCUCUUGGUGCCCUGGCACAGUCUGGACCCUGACUCGGCGCUAGCUGAUGCCUUCUACCAGCGUGGCUACAGCUGGGCGGGCUUCAUCGUGGCAGCUGGUGCAAUCUGUGCUAUAACCAGUGUGCUGUUCAACCUCCUCUUUUUCGUGCCAUACAUGGUCUAUGCCAUGGCCAUCGACGGGCUCAUGUUCCACGUGUUUGCCCACAUGCACCCUCAGACACAGGUGCCAUUGGUGAACAUCCUGGUGUUUGGGGUCCUCAUGGCUUUCCUGGCGCUGCUUCUGGACCUCCAGACACUGGUCCAGUUCCUGUCCAUUGGCAUACUGCUGACCUUUACCUAUAUGGCCACCGGCAUUAUCAUGCUACGCUUCCGAAAGUCCCCUCCAGCCAGUUCCCUGGGCCCAGCCAGCACUGUGGGCAGUGAGCAGGCUUCAGCCCCUGAGCCCGGAGAGCUGCGACCAGCCCUGAGACACUACUUCGGCUUCCUGGCUGGGUACAGACUUGGAGCUGCCGUGGCUUGGGCUCUCCGUGUCCUGGUGGUCUCAGCCAUCACUCUGGACUGCGUGCUGGUCUUUGGAGACUCGGCCCUGCACCUCCCUCCCUGGGGCUACACCCUGCUGCUCCUGCUCAGCUCCGUCGUGUUUCUGCUCAGUCUCCUCGUCCUGGGGGCCCACCAGCAACAGCGCCGGCAGGACACCUUUCAGGUUCCCAUGGUGCCCCUGACUCCAGCCCUGAGCAUCCUCCUCAACAUCUUCCUCAUGAUGCAGCUGAGCUACCUGUCCUGGUUGCGCUUGUCCAUCUGGCUGCUGAUUGGACUCGUGGUGUAUUUUGGCUAUGGCAUCUGGCACAGCAAGGAGAACCAGCAGGAGCUGCCGGGGUUGACUGUCACACACAGCAGCCUGGAGGAGACGGAGCAGGGCUUAUAGCCCCUCAGCCAGGCCCCGGCCCAGUAGCCCGGCCACACGGAGCAGCCCACCAGUCCAUGAGGACCGCUGGGGGCCUGCCUGCCCUCCUGCACCUCCUCAUGGGGACAGAGGGGCUGGCAGCUCCUUUUAUCCAGAACAGCUUGGGUUUGCAGUCCUGUCCAUGCCAAGGGGUCCUCAGGACCUCAGACCUUAGCCCAGGGAUCGAACUCCGAGUCUUUGGGAGUGGGCCGUGGCCGGAGCUGCUGUGGUGGACUCUGCCCAGCACCUUCCAGUUUACGACCAACUCCAGCUACCUGGGCACGUGGAGCAGGGCGGGCAGGGAAGAGGCCCGCAGCCCCAGGGAUCCACAAUAAUAACUGCUCAGUCACCCCCGUGGCCUGCCAUCGUGUCCACUGUGGUGUUCUUUGUGGCACUGAGUCCUCACCUGCUCCCAGGAACCAGACGAUUGUCCCUAAUCCACAGCGAAGAUGCCGAGGUUCUGUAAUGGGGAGGCACGAGCCCUGGGACAGCCCUGAGUCAGGGAAAUGGCCUGGCCUGGGUCCAGGGGUCCUACCCUCAGGCCUGCCCUCAUGCCAGCUCAGAGGGUACCUACACAUACUCCAACACACAUCAGCCACAGAGGGCUCCCUGACAGGGUGGGCCCAGGCUCCCUCUCAGGCAUCCCACAUGGCCCCUUGGGGGCGGAUCCAGAGAGCAGAACCUGGAGCCCAAGAAGGCCACCUAGAAAGGGCAGUGAAGUUCCUAGUUUUCCUCAGUUUCCCAGGGCUCCUUGACAGCAGGGAAUGUGCCUGAGGCCCUGGGAUGUGGAGGCCCACCUGCCCAGGUACAUGUGUCACUCAGGCACAGGCCCACACGGCUCCCCUGGGGGUACACACCCACGUGCAGACUGAGGCAACAGCUGUUUCCAAGCUCAGGGCCCACAGCUCCAGCUGCCUCUCUCCCUGCCGACCCCUCAGGGCCUUGGGAUAACGGCUCAGGAUGGGACACACGCGUACAGGUGGGUGCACAAGCGCCUGGACCCCACUUGGUGGCUGUGGGGCCCCAUCCUCGGGGUCCCUAGGCUCACCUUCCACCCCCACUGGUCUGUCGAAAGCAAUGCCACAUCUACCAUAGACACUUCCACCACCCCGUUCCCGCCUGUGAGGGCCACACAGGAAGCUACUGGCUCUGGCAGCUUUACUUCUCAACUCUCUACUGCCUUGACAUCAGCCUUCUCUGGGCCCCAAGGACAACCAGGGACACGUGACCCCGCUCCAAUAACCAGGCCUCAGGGCAGUGUUCUCUCAUGCUAGCCCUUCUGAACCAUCUCUCAUGGACACUGCUCUGGAGAUUGAGGGGCAGAAGGGACCCCAAGGCUUGGCUGAGGCUCCAGGUUCCAGAUGAUUCCAGAUGCUGCUCAGCCUGAGCUCCAGCCCUGGCCCUCCCCAACCUGGCCCAUGUCACUCCACCAGCAAGCUGCCAGCAUGACCUAGUCACCAGGGACCCCUGAGAAGGCAGCCCCUUGUCUCCCUGGGG